AUGUCGACUCUAAUUUUGUUCGAAUUACUUUUAUUCGUCGUUUAUUUGAGGUCUAUUCAAGCUGAUUCAGAACUAAAAGAGAGUAUUAAUGAAAAAACUGAUUCACCUAAUCCUAUAGAAGAAUCUGCAAAAAGUGGUGAGCUAGAAUCAGAUGUAAAAAGCCCCGACAAUGACCAUACUUCAACUGAAACCCGUAUAGAACGCUCAUCGGAGACCAAUUUAGACAAAAGUUUUGUUAGCGAUGACAUUAAAACAGAAUCGAAAAAUGCAGAAUCCAAUAUUUCUACAGUCGAUGAUGAUUUAAAAACAUCGUCUGAUGAUGCUCGGUUAGUAGAAACAUCCAGAAAGAACGAGGAAUUAUUGGAAAUUAAUGAUGCCGCUGAAGAAAUAAGUAGCGAAAGAUCUGUUAUUGAUUUAAAUGAUGAUAAACUCAACAAAGACAGCCAUAACGAUAAUAAAGCUAGAUUUGCAGAAAACCCUGACGAAAAUCUUGAAAUUGCGGCUAUCUCAGACCUCGGGACAAUAAAAGCUGCACAAACUUUUGGUAGUCGGAGAAGUAAUUCCGGUGGUUUCACGAGUUCCUCCAGUCGUGUAGCUUUAGGUCGUUCUGCCAUCCGCAACGACAACCCACAGUCCUGUGGGAAU